CGGCGAAACCUCCUCUUUAAUUAAUGAUAUGAUCAUGCAAUUUUAAUAUAGGACAUGGCGGUGUAAACAAGCAAAACAAAGGAAGUUCGUCGGUAAUUAGGUGUAGCGGUCUCGCGAUUGAAAAGCCACAAUGAUUGGCUAAUUAUAGUGGUCCACAACAAUCCGCAAACAAAUUAACGCUCGUAUAAUUCUUGAGUGCUGACGUUCCUGCGACGGUGUCAGCGAAGUUGGAUCGUUUGGAUAAGUUCCCGUUCGUCUGACAGUUGUUGUAGGCACGGGAGAGUGUUAAACCAGGAUAGGUGUGUUGCUUUGUUGCAUUGUAUAAUCACGUUUCAGUACGGCGCUGCUAAGAGAUAUGGAAAUCGUCCUUCACUUUUAGUCUCUUGAAGACGACUAUCAAGCGUGCGACAUGUCAAAUGUUGAAACAGAUCUAAAUGAAAAUUAUGAGCCACGCAAAUCAAUCUCCACCCGCUUCCCCGAAGAUUUAAUUAUUCGAGAAACGGUCCCGGGACAAGAUACAUCGAAGGAGCUUGAAAUGAUUGCACAGAGCGAGGAAAAGAUUGACGUGAAUUGCUUGAAUGAGUAUGGCCAUACUGCCUUAAGCACGGCCGCUUUUGUGGGAAGUAUGAAAUGCUGCAAGAUUCUUGUUGAGCUCGGCGCUGAAGUGGGAAAGAGAGACGAAGAUGGCUGGACCGCCAUGCAUUAUGCCAUGGCCAAGGGAUAUUUGGACAUCGUAAAGUACUUGAUCAUGUGUGGAGGAGACAUUUACGUGAAGAAUAAUGACGGCGACUCGCCGUUAGAAUUUGUCGAAGAUGACGAAAUAAAAGACGUCUUGUUGGCGUGUUACGAGAAACAUUCAAAAAGGAAGACUGAAGUUUGAUCAGAGUGAAACUUUGCGUGGCGUAAAUAGAGUCUCAAGAGUUAUGCUGGAGUGAUAUCCACAGUUGAGUAAAUAACAAAACCGCUUAUGAAUAUUGCAUACUUUUGAAUAUAAUUAAGACAGAUUUCUGCUUUAAAGGCUAACGGCAUAAAAACGUACAACUAAUACAACGGAAACUGUGCUAUUCAUUUAAUGACAUAUUUCCUGGCAUUUGAAUAAGAGAGUUUUCCUUUUUUGAGCUUAAAGAUGAGUAAAUAUUUCUUUAUUAACA